AGUUGACGCGGUGCGCUGCCAUUGGAGAAAAUUUCAGCCGCAGAAACGAAAGAAACACGAAGACUCGAACUUGGCUUGGGAAUGUACAGCUGUCGCCAUCAAACAUAUAUCAAGUCUCACAGUGCAAACUCAGCCAAAAGAAUCGAGGGCAAGCUAGCAACAAACCCCGGAUCAGCUUGUGCUGACGACCCUGGGAUAUCUCGGACGAUCCGAAACAUUAACUCGUCAUGCUAAGCAACAGUCCUGCCGUGGGCUCCCUGCCCUUGGAGCAGCAACCCCCAUCUUUACAACCGCAGGUGGCCAACCGGGACGAUGAAUAUGCUUUUCCACGCCAGCAGCUUGGGAGACGCGCACCAAUACCCGGUCCGCCAUCUCAGCCAAGCCAUGAACAACAGCUGCAAUAUGGCCUGAACACCCCCCGCCCACCGCUAUCACCGUUGUCAGAGUAUCACAGUGGCUUUUCCGAGGAAGACGUUGGUUCCGCUUGUCCAUCCCUGCCGCCCUUCAGCAUAGCCAACCAUCAGCGACAGCAUUCGUUUCCCAAUUUGCUGCCGCUGGCCUUCAGAAGCAGGACGCCGUCGCCAACGAGGAAGACUCAUACCCGCUCUGGCUCGGAGCAGAUGCCAUACACCGGCGACGAGAGGAGCAGCCGGAGGAUGACGGCAGAGAGCACGCGGGGAGGAGGCGGAGGACUCGGUAGCUGGUUGAGCGGCAACUCAGCGGCGGCCAAAGCCCUAGUCUUCUCCCACACCUCCGCCGACGGUUACGCCACCACACCAGACGGCACACCCACCCGCCGGCGCAACCCACCUGGGCCCGGUAGCACCGUCUCAGACGUUACCAACCCCAAGAGCACCAUUACCACAGCCUCCCGCUUCAUGUCGGCCCUCUCCUACCGCUUCAACCCCGCGACGCCCACCAGCCCAUCCCUUACCAACGCCAACACGACCACCACCAACGAUGACGAAUUCUCCAACCUCAACAUUGAAGCCGCACUCUUCUCCCAAUCCCCUUCCUCCCCAUCCCCAUCCUCCCCUCGCGACGCUUUCUCCCCAUCAGCCUUCAAAAAUCUCUACAUGAACGCCGUCGGCCUGCUCACGCGCAUGCAAGCCGCCCACCGCGAGCAGGCGUGCGCCCUGCGCGAGCUCAGGGCCGAGCGGUCAGCGCAGCAGGAGGAGCUCGAGGAGGCGGUCACGCGCGCAAGCCAUCUCAAGAUGCAGCUCGAGGGGAUGGCGCGGCGGGCACAGGAGCAGGAGGGGGUGGUGACUCGGUUGGUGGAGGAGUUGGCGGCGGAGAGGAGGGCUAGGGCCAAGGAAGAGACGCAGGCUGCGCGGGUUGCGGGUGCGGGUGUGACUUCGGAAAGGGCGUCGAUGGUGUCGGAGGAUUUGGGCGUUGAUGAGGAUCGGGAUCGGGUGAGGAGGAGCGGGAAAAGGAGUAGUGGUUGGAGAGGGAGCAGCUCGGGUCUUGUCGAGGACGAGGAGACGGACUUUGAGGAUGAGGAUGAGAGUGCCGAGAGCGAGAAUCGGGACAGCAGAUGA